AUGCAAAAAUUAAGAGAGGAGGAGGAGGAGAAGGGCAGAAGGCUACUAGAGGAGGAGGAGGAGGAGGGGCUAGAAGGGGUGUCAGAGAGGGAAGAAGAAGAGGAGGAGGAGGAGGAGGAGGAGGAGGAGGAGGAGGAGGAGGAGGAGGAGGAGGAGGAGGAGGAGGAGGAGGAGGAGGAGGAGACUCACCAAAUACUCAAAAAAAAAGGGGUGUCAGAGAGGGAAGAGGAAGAAGAGGAGGAGGAGACUCACCAAAUACUCAAAAAGAGGGAAGAGGAAGAAGAGAAAAAGACUUACCAAAUACCCAAAAAUGCGAAAAUUAUUGAGUGGUGGGAGGAGGAGGAGGAGGGAAGGAAGGAGCUAGGAGGAGAGGGUCAGAGAGGGAAGGAAAAGAAGAAAAAAAGACUUACCAAAUACCCAAAAAUGCGAAAAUUAUGGAGUAGAAGGAGAAUGAGGAGGUGGGAAAGGAAGGAAAAGGUUAAGAUCCUAAUUAAGAUCCUAUGGAUGGUUCAAGAAAGCACUUUGACCGUGGGAACUUUUUCCGACGAAAAGCUGACUACAGUCAACUAUAAUCAACUAUAG